AGUAAGCAAUUUUGAAUUGGAUGUACCUGAUGUUUAGCGCAAUUUAUCUUAGAACACUGAGGAUAAUUACGACGUAUUGCCUCCCUCCUCAUCUCCACUUCGUCUUGUUUCUUCUCCUUUUCGGUCUUCAAGUCCCUUGAAAAGUUUUGGAAUGAACACGAAACCUGACCAACUUUUUCACGUUCAUACGGGGUCUGAGACCAAGAAUAUCCCGGCUUUCCAGGAUAUUCCUACUUCUCAUGCGAUACCCGAAGUACCUCAAGAGUCGGGUACGGCCCCAAAAGUCCCAACACAAGAAACACACAGCAUUGAUGACAUCCCACUCGCACCUCAGCUACCAGAAGUCUCGUCUCAAGCGAAGAGCCAUGCGCUCCUAGUGCUAGGUCCGAAGAGAUCAACAGUUAUGUCACACCUGCGACAACACAAGAAACUUUCAAUACCCUUCCGCUCUCCGUUGAUCAAGAAGGAGAAUGAUCAACCCGUCAACUCCCUCCCAGCCGUUACGAAGUCUCCUGUUUCCGCAGCCAAGACGAUCAUGCACUCCGAAGUCAAGCCAGUUGAACUCAAACAUACGGCACUGAACGAUCCGAAGAAGAAGCACCGAACUGUUCGUGCAGCUGCUCAGUUCAAGUCUCCACUCUCAGCCGCAGCUUCUUCAAACGUCAUGCUGUCAGUUCGGAUGACUCCAGCCAUCCAAUCGCUUGAACGCCGAGUCCAGAUUCUCAGGAGGGCCGUAAAGGUUAAGAAAGAGGGCGAGGAGGAGCUAUUGGAGUCAUUAGCUAAGCGAUGGACAGAAGCCGCAAGAGAAGUUGCAUGGGAACUGUGGGACUUGGUGAAGGACAAUGGAGCAAACGAACAUGGUAGCUGGGGCGAUACUUUGGACGGAAUGAAAAAGAAACGAGGGUUUGAAGAUAGUUGGGAAUGGGAAGACAAGGGAGAUAAGAAGCGACUCAAGACUGAAAACUUCUGGGGAUGGAACGAGCCUCAAAGGAAAGAGGGUGAAGAAGAUGAAGACGAGAUGCAAGGUGUAGAGUCGCAUGGCGAGAAUGAUAAUGCCAGAAACGAGGAGGACGAUAAGCCGGAGAACACCUUGGGCUUGAUGCUUAGACAAUUUGGAAUUGCUCCUGAGACGCUUGGAUGGAACGAGGAAGACGGGAUGUUUGCUGAAAGUUCAUUGAGGUAAAUUGCUUGCUUUAUUUCUGAUACGUGGCACUGCUUUGCUUCGUCUAUCGUAUACUUUGUAGCGUUAUUGUAUGGUGAACUAAUAACUGUCCUUGCUCCCCCGAGGUUUUGAAUAACUAGGGCAGGAGUAG